CUUCGUUUUGGGAGGACUUUUCUUCCUUCGCCUCUACAGGUUUGGAAUCGGCGCUGUCCGUCUUCGCUCUUCUCGGUUCGUUCCUCCCUCCUCCCUCCCGUCUGUCUUUGUUCCUCUCUCCUCCCACCCAUUUGUCUUCGUUCCUAUUCCUCUUGUUGCCUCUGUUGUUCGCGUCGGUAAAUCCGCCUCGUUCGUCUUCCUCCCGUUGCCUCCGUCGUUCGCUUAGUCGGAGAUUAAUCGUGACCUAAAUCGUUCGAUCAGUUUAGGAACGAUCAGCCUGGCUGGCUGGAUUGAAAUUUAGGCCCAGUGGCCCACUUCACUUGCCCAGCGGCCCUGCCCAGCUUCCUUUUUCCCAAUUCCCACCACUUGGGUACACACGACACGAACCAGGCAACCAGCUGCGGAGGGAGGAACCCUAGCGGAACACUGUGCAGGUGACGGCGGCGCGCUACCGGUCACGGGGGAUACGGCGGCAUCGUCCCCUCCUCCAUCCCCGGCGCGGCGGCGCCAGCAGCCGGCCUGCAGGGACGGUCUCCAGUCUCCAGAAUCCAGAUUCAGAGCUUGUCCCUGUUUUGUGGUGUGCUCUGUUGUACUGUAGCCUGUAGCCAGGGCAAAUUAAAGCUACAAUGCAGGCUGCCUACUAUGCAAAGGAUCUUUUGGUUUGAAGUCCAGUUGACCGAAGUUGGAAAAUACUUCUGAUACUUACAGAUUUCACAGAGGUCUUGUUUAUUUUCUACUAUUUUCCUUCAAGCACGUGGAAUAGUACGUUUGACAAACAAUUUGCUGACGAGGACACUACCCUAUAUCCGACGUAGGAGGCCCUUACAGACGCUUGUUGCUGACUUGCUCACAGGUUUUCGAACACGGCUGAACACGCGCGCAAGGCGUGCACAGUACACGCGCGCAGGGGGAGGAGGAGAACAAGAGGAUGGUGAAGGCAAGGCCCAAGCCAACGCCGGUCAAGGCGGCCCCAGAAGUGAUCUUCGACCCAAUGGCCUCUGGUGCCCGGAAGCCCCGCCGCCCAGGGGCGCCGUCAGCCAGCAAAGAAUGGCACAGCUUCAUGGGAUCGAGUCUGUCGGAUAUGUAUCGGAAGCCAGUUUUGGAGAAAUCUGCUGACACAUCUGAUGAGGAGCCUGACAUUGAUAUCAUGAAGCUGCUGAAAGAUGUUGAGAUCAUUGGUGCCCCUACAUUUAAGGGGCGAAAGCAAAUCGAGAACCGCAGAGUAGUUGAGUUGGGUGGAAAGUCCGUUAAGAAGCACCGCACACCAUUAAGUGUUGCGAAGCCAGCUCUGAAGAAUCAGAAGAAACGAGAACAGAAGAAAAUGGAAGAGGAAAAACUACUUGGGAUCUUUAGGAAGAGGGACAAGGACACCAAACCUCACAAGACAAGGCCAGAGGACCGAGUGCUUAGGGCCACAGAAGGGCGCUUUAGGAACGGUAUACUGAACGUCAAGCAUCUUCUGGCGCCACCGAAACCAUCAGGCAAGGACAUGUCGGAACCGAAGAUGAGGAAGGACAAGCACAAGGGGAAGGGUAAGCAGAAGGGGGGCAGAAGGAAGAGACGUUGAAGAAAGCACACUUCUGUAACCUGGUUUGCUAUUAAGAAUUUAAGAUAGAUGGUUGAUGAAACGUUUAAAUGACAACACCUUUUUGUGUCCGUCCUGAAAUUAAGACGUUUCCUUGCUCUGCUGGAAUCUUUGAAGUGAUCCUUGAAACGAUGUAAUUCUCCACCUUGAAACGAAACGAUGUAAUUCUCCAGGAUGCGGUUCAGGAAGAGGCUUAUUUGGUUCAAUUUUAUAUGCCCUUCGAUCCCUGGGCAUAUUUGUUUUUGUA